CUUAUAACUCAUCGCUCCAUCAUAAACCGUCAUAAACCACCGUUGUCAAUGGCGACUUCGUUAUAUGAACACGAAUUCCCGACAUCCGAUAAUUACUCCUCCGAAUCUUCAUGUUCAUGGGAUGAACUUCUUUAUCAACACAAUGCUCAUCCUUUCAAUCAAUUCAAUUCCAUUAAUAAUUAUGAUUUCCAAUUUUCGGAUGAUACAUCAUUCGAUGCAAUUGAUUGCAAUGAAUUUCAUAGUUCAUUAAAAUCGAACAACAUCAUCAAGAAAGAAAACGUUGACGACAGUAAUGACAAACAAAAUAAAUCAAAGUCAUACCGGGGUGUAAGGAAGCGGCCGUGGGGGAAAUUCGCAGCAGAAAUAAGGGAUUCGACAAGAAAUGGCAUUAGGGUUUGGCUAGGAACGUUUGAUAGCGCUGAGGCGGCCGCUAUGGCAUAUGAUCAAGCUGCAUUUUCGACUCGUGGAGAGCUAGCCGUGUUGAAUUUCCCUGUUGAGAGAGUUGAAGAGUCAUUAAAGCAAAUGAAAUAUGGAUUUGAAGAAGGGUGUUCUCCUGUUAUGACACUUAAAAAAAGACACUCUUUGAGAAAAACAAGGGUGGCCAGAAAAAAAUCUUCACCACCCGUCACCGCCAUCACACAGCACAAUAAACAUAAACAAGUGCAAAAACAAGAGAAAGAAUCAACAGUUGUGUUUCAAGAUUUGGGAGUUGAUUUUAUGGAAGCAUUACUACUUCUUAGUGAGUCAUCAACACUACAACCUUAGAAUGUUCAUCUUAUUUUUUUUUUCUUUUUCUAUUCCGAUUUAUGAUGUUUAUAGGGUUUUUUAAUAAGAAAGAUUCAUAAAAAGAAUAAAUAUAUGUCUGUUUUGUUGAAUA